CUAUCUAAAGGUGUAUAUAUAAGGUGUACGUAUCUAAAUCAACAAGAUAUAGUUUAAAAGCACAUCAAACACUUUCAUUAACUUGCUUUUUUCAUAGAUAAGAGUUGAAGAAGAUGUAUUUAUUACAAUUUGUGAAGAAACUAGGUUUCGUCUGCCUUCUUGUUUCAGCUACAAUGUUUGCUUUCUCUUCCGCAGGCCGACCAUCCAUUCUAAUCUAUAGCCAAGACGAUAUUCAUCAGGAGUUGGUGGAAAGAAGGAUACAUGAACAUGAGAGAAUUCUGAGGAUGAAUUCAAGAGACUAUGGUCAGUUCAGUCCUACACCAAAGCUUGUCAGGCCUCCUUCCAAGCUUAUUCCCAACUGAUCACAUGAUUCAUAAUUUCAUAUGAUGGAUUGACUGUAUAUAGAUGUCAGACUUUAUGAGAUGUAUAAUGAAUAUAUAACUAAAGACUAACAUUUCAAUAAGUUUCAACGAUGUUCUAGUUAUCAUAAGAAUUUGAUGAUAUGUUAUCUAGUAAACGAUUAUAUAUAUAGUCUUUGUUCAUAGGA